UUAUCAAAAAUAUCUUAAAUGACUGACAAUAAGUAUGAUAGGCAGCUAAGGCUCUGGGGAGCUGAUGGACAGAAGAGACUUAGUGAAGCCUCGAUUCUUUUGAUAAAUGCACCAGCUGCUGGGACUGAGACUUUGAAGAAUUUGAUCCUUCCUGGAGUAGGAUUUAUCACAGUUCUUGAUGAUAAGUUGGUUGAGGAGAGAGAUCUUGGAACCAACUUCUUUGUUACUAAGGACUCUAUUGGUAAAUCUAGAGCUGAGAUUACAAUGGAGCUACUCACUGAGCUUAAUGAGGAUGUCAAAGGUGCUCACAUCCAUGAGUCCCCAUCGAAAUACAUUAAUGAAAAGAACCUGGAAUUCUUUAAGCAAUUCACUCUCAUUAUUGCCUGAGAUCUUACUGAUGCUGAAAUUGAUAUUUUGUGCGACAUUGGAGAUGAGCUAGGUUUAGGAUUAAUUUUCCUUAGAUCUUACGGAAUGAUAGGAUACCUCAGGCUUUACAAGAAGGAGCAUGCUUGUAUCCAAUCAAAACAUGCAGAUAAGGAAUUGGACGAUUUAAGACUUGCCGAGCCAUUUGAAGAGCUGGAGAAAUAUGCCCUUGAAUUCGAAAUGUCUUCUUUAGGUUCUCUUGAGCAUGGCCAUACUCCUUAUGUAAUCAUUCUCAUCAAAGCUCUUCACAAAUGGAAGGAAGCUCAUGAUGGAAAGAUGCCAUCCAACUUCGAAGAAAAGGACGCUUUUAAAGCAACUAUAAAAGAAAUGGCAAGAGACUUUAGUAAAGAAGCCAACUUCAACGAAGCCAUUGAGAAUGCUUAUAAAGCAUUCAGUUAUGAGUCAGUUCCUUAUGAAAUUCAGCAGAUUCUUGAUAACCCUAAGGCUGAUUCAAAAGAGUUCCAUUCAAAUUUCUGGACUCUUGUAUCUGCUCUAAAGCAAUUCAUUGCUGAGAAUGGAUGCUUGCCAGUGAGCGGAAAGGUUCCUGACAUGACUGCCACCUCUGAUUUCUAUAUCACUCUUCAGAAGAUCUACCAAGAAAAGGCAAAAGAAGACAGAGAGAAGAUCAAGGAGAUCAUUACCAAGCAAGCUGACGAGAAGGGACUAAUGGAAAUGCUCUUCGAAGAUGAAGAUAUUAAAGUUUUCUGUGAAAAUGCAAGAAAUCUUGAGGUGACAAGAAUGGAAAACUAUAAGCAAGAAUUGGAAAAUCCAAACACUGAAGAUAUUUCUGCUGAGUUCUUUGACCCAGAUAGUUCUGUGCAGUGGUAUGUAGCAGUGAGAUGAGCUGAAGCAUUCAGAACAACCAACUCUAGAUAUCCAGGAGAAACAAAGGAGCAAAUUGAAUCUGACGUUGCUGAAAUGAGUGCAUUGGUGCCAGAUUUACUCAAGAAGUUAGGAGCAGAUGAAUCGUUUGAGUACAACUAUGAUCAUAUUCAUGAGAUUGCAAGAUACUCUAACUCUACUCUUCACAACAUUGGAGCCUUAUUAGGAGGAGUUGGUGCUCAAGAGGCUGUGAAGUUGAUAACAGAGCAAUACACUCCACUAAACCAUACAUAUAUCUUCGAUGGAGCUCACUGCAAGUCUCAGGUUUUUAAUCCAUAA